CACACACACGCACUCACUCCAGGCUCUGUGUCAGCGCGCACGCGUGUGUGUGAGUGUGAGAGAGGCAGGACGGUGACGGAGCUGUGCUCAGAGCUCUGGGUCCUGGAGGGCAGUCCUGAUCGCUGGCAGCAGGAGGAACUCACGCACACACACGCUGCAGCUAGGGGAAGCGCGUACGCGUGGCACACACACUCACACACUCACACACACACACACACGCUCUCACGUUGCGGCUGGAGGAACCGCGCACACACACUCACUCACGCUCUCUCGCCGUGGCUAGGAAAACCGCUUGCACACGCAGUCGCACACGCAGUCGCACACGCAGUCGCACACGCAGUCGCACACGCAGUCGCACACGCAGUCGCACGCGCUUUUUCACGCGAGGACGCUCCGUGCAGCCUGGAGAGCCUUCCCCUCGGCACAGAGAAGAGAAUGGAGAUCUCUCCGCUGGUCGCCCAGGCGUGCAGAUCCACCGCGCUGCUCAGCAACCACUGCGCCGAUGACAGCAUCUCGGCGGCGAGUGCGUCGGAUGUGCAGGACCGCUUGUCGUCGCUGGAGCUGCGGGUGCAGCAGCAGGAGGAUGAGAUCACUGUGAUGAAAGCAGCGCUGGCCGACGUGCUGCGCCGCCUGGCCCUCUCUGAGGACUCCACCGCCCCCAAGAAACAGACCCCCGGCAAAGGACAGAACCCGCUGCGCGAGGCCUACUCCAUGUCCUGCAUUUCUAACGGCAGCUCCAGCAGCCGCAAGCCCAGUCACAGAGACGGCCCCUCUGCGUCCGUCACCAGGAAGGAGACCCUCUCCUCUGCAGCCAAGAGCGGUCCAGAGAAAAAGAAGGAGAAGCCGCAGAUGGAGGGGAUCAAGGAGAAGGAGGAGCCGCAGGCUAACGAUAAAUGCCCUGCCAGCCCCCAAGCGCCGUCCCCCUCCCACCACCCCCCCUCCCCCCACCCCCCUCAGUCGCAAAGACAGCCCCAGGAGAACAAGAGCUCCUCUCCAGCCAAAAGGGCCCAGAGCACCAAGCGGGGCUCCGGGAUGGAGCGGUCCCAGAGCAGCACGUGGGACGGCGGGGAGGAGAGCAGGAACAAGCUGGUGAAGGCGGCCUCCACGUCCAAGCUGCUGGCCAAGGUGGCGAAGAACGCUGAGAAGCACAAAGACUCAGUUCCCACCCAAGCCAAAAUGUCGACCCGAGAGAAAAACAGCCAAGAGGGUGACUACAUUAAGAUGUUCAUGCGGGGGCGGCCCAUCACCAUGUUCAUCCCGUCCAACGUGGAGAACUACGAGGAUGUGCGGACCGAGCUGCCGUCCGAGAGGCUGAAGCUGGAGUGGGUGUACGGCUACAAGGGCCGUGACUGCAGGGCGAACGUGUACCUGCUGCCCACGGGAGAGAUCGUGUACUUCAUCGCCUCCGUGGUCGUCCUCUUCAACUACGAGGAGCGGACGCAGCGCCACUACCUGGGACACACAGACUGCGUCAAAUGUCUGGCCAUCCACCCAGAUAAGAUCCGCAUCGCCACGGGACAGCUCGCCGGGGUGGACAAGGACGGCCGGCCUCUCCAGCCCCACGUCAGGGUGUGGGACUCGGUCAGCCUGUCCACCCUGCAGGUCAUCGGGCUGGGCACCUUCGAGAGGGGCGUCGGGUCGCUCUGCUUCUCCAAAGCUGACAUGGGCACCCACCUGGGGGUGAUCGAUGACUCUAAUGAGCACAUGCUAACCAUCUGGGACUGGCAGAAGAAAUCCAAGAUUGCUGAGAUUAAGAGCACCAAUGAGGUGGUGUUAGCGGUGGAGUUCCACCCCACAGACGCCAACACCAUCGUCACCUGCGGCAAAUCCCACGUCUUCUUCUGGACCUGGAGCGGCGCCUCGCUGGCACGCAAGCAGGGCAUCUUCGGGAAAUACGAGAAGCCCAAGUUUGUGCAGUGCCUGGCCUUCCUCAGUAACGGGGACGUCCUGACGGGCGAUUCGGGGGGCAUCAUGCUUGUGUGGAGUCGCAGCACCGUGGAGCCCGCCCCCGGAAAGGGGCCGAAAGGCGCGUACCAGAUCAGCCGUCAGAUCAAGGGGCACGACGGCAGCGUGUUCACCCUGUGUCAGAUGAGGAACGGCACCCUGCUGACGGGAGGGGGGAAGGACCACAAGAUCAUCCUGUGGGACCACGACCUGAACCCUGAGAGAGACAUCGAGGUCCCUGACCAAUAUGGAACCAUUCGAGCGGUGGCCGAGGGGAAGGGGGAGCAGUUUUUGGUGGGCACGUCGCGCAACUUCAUCCUGAGGGGGACGUUUAACGAUGGUUUCCAAGUGGAAGUGCAGGGUCACACGGAUGAGCUGUGGGGGCUGGCCUCGCACCCCUUCAAGGACCUGUUCCUCACCUGUGCUCAGGACAGACAGGUGUGCCUCUGGAACUCUGUGGACCACUCCCUGGAAUGGACCAGGCUUCUGGAUGAGCACGGGCACUGUGCAGACUUCCACCCCAGUGGUUCUGUAGUGGCCAUCGGGACUCACUCAGGAAAGUGGUAUGCUCUCGAUGCUGAGACGAGGGACCUGGUCGCCAUCCACACAGACGGGAAUGAGCAGCUGUCCGUCAUGCGCUACUCUGUGGAUGGCACCCUGCUGGCAGUGGGAUCACACGACAACUUCAUUUACCUCUACACCGUGUCGGAGAAGGGCAGGAAGUACAGCAGAUACGGGAAGUGCACUGGACAUUCCAGCUACAUCACACAUCUUGACUGGUCCCCCGACAACAAGUUCAUCAUGUCCAACUCAGGAGACUAUGAAAUCCUUUACUGGGACAUUCCAAACGGUUGCAAGCUGAUCCGGAAUCGUUCAGAGUGCAAGGACAUCGACUGGGCCACGUACACCUGCGUGCUGGGCUUCCACGUCUUUGGGGUGUGGCCCGAGGGCUCGGACGGGACGGACAUCAACGCGCUGAUCAGGUCCCACAACCGGAAGGUGAUCGCGCUGGCCGACGACUUCUGCAAAGUGCACCUCUUCCAGUACCCCUGUUCCAGACCCAAGGCUCCGAGUCACAAGUACAGCGCCCACAGCAGUCACGUGACUAACGUCAGCUUCCAGCACAAUGACAGUCACUUGGUGUCCACCGGCGGCAAGGACACCAGCAUCAUGCAGUGGCGAUUGGUGGAGAAAAUCCCCUCCUUACAGCAAAGCGAGAGCAUGACCCUGGGGGAGGGGCUUCAAAACUCCACCCCCCGGGGUGGGGCCCCACCCCCAGUGGAGUCACUUACACCCACUGAACCCAACUCACUCCCGCUGGCCUCCCCACCCACGGGCACCACCACGCCCCCACCCACCCCUCCUGAGCCUACGCCCAAUGGACAGCAGGAGAGCUCCCCUGACACCCCGCCCCCUUCUAUCUCCACACCCCCGUCUUCCAUUACCCCGCCCCCGUCUUCCAGCACACUGAGCGCCAAGGACAGCCUGGAGCCGAAUGACGACGCGGCCACGCCCUGCGACGGGCACACACCCUCCCCACCCUCGUAAGAACCUGAGCCAGAACCCAGAGUUCGCUCUCUGUCCUGCUGUGAGCUCCCCCUAGAGGCCGUUUGAUGUAACUGUGCUUUCCAGGGGAGCGCAGCUGGGUUUCAUGUUUUUUUUUUUUUCUGGUUCUUUGAUCUUUAUUUUUAUGUUCUUUUUGUCUGUUUGUUUGUUUUGAAGUAAUUGUUAAUUUCCAGAUUGGUUGGAAAAAAGGGGGCUUGGUCUAAAAAUUGGCUGGAUAUUCAGUUUAGUGUUUUAUAGGUUGAGUCUAUGAGUGAAGGGUUUGAGGAGAGAACAUCCCUGUUGUUUUAGAUGAUGCAGGUAAUUAAACUGAAGAUUAAAGCAUGGAUAAAAAGCAGACACAUAAAACACACAGACACUAAUACACUCAAAAACACACGAUCAGACACUAACACACAGACUCUAACAGACACCGCAGCACACACAGGUACACACUCAGAUACCGUCAGACACACAGAUAUAUUUUUGAGGAAGAAACUGGCAUCCAGAGAGAGAGAAAGUGGAUGCUUCCUGUGCUUUGAAGGGAAUGCUGAACCUGGGGUUUGUUUGAACUGAAAAAGCUGGCUUUCAGUUCUGAUUUCCUUUUUUAACUUUAUUUUAUCUGGAGGAAGUUCUACUCAUUCUAUUGAUGAAUGGAAAAGCAAAGGAAUAGGGGAGCUGCUCUACCUCUAGAAGUCUCACACACAUCCACACACAUGCACAUAUGUACACACACGCACACACACACACACACACACACACACACACACACACAUACACGCACACGGGUCAUCAGUGCAUAGCUACAGAUGAAUAUGAGCAUCUGUGUAUAAGUGUAUAAUUCUGAAGGACGGUGGGCAGAGGUAGUCCCCUGUCUGCUCUGGCUGGCGUGGGUGUGAUAGGCAGACAGGAGGAUAAGGCCCAGUGCGAUGUCACCUGCUGUGAACCUGCAACCCGCGGGUAUCUGUGGAUUCCCGUUACGUCCCCCGGCCCGUUCAGCACACGGUGUCUCACCCUCCUGCUUAAAACAGCCGCGCGGCAGCACGCAGCCAUCAGCGUUAAACGACGCUCACUGGCUCGGCUGUCCUGCACAGUUCUAAAAUAUGCAGUACAAAAAAAACUGCAGUUACAUUUGGAACGUUUAGGAAAUUUCCCGAAUAGUCUCCUCCUUAGAUAAUGAUCGUAUUUUAAUCUGUGCGCAGAGACUCUCUCGCCACGUUCCUUCUCAUGAGGAAGAAGCUCGCUUGCCGGCUUUUCAGUGUAGCGUGGUAACGAGGGCUUAGUGGGCGCCAGUCGUGCUGGAUUCCACAGAGCAGCACAGCCGUGUGAUCAGCGACAUGAAAGAUCGACCAGCCCCGUCAUACGGUCACGGUCAAGGGCCACGGUCAAGGGCCACGGUCCCUGACCGCGUGUCUGCAUGAUGUCUAGCGUUCAGAGUUUUCACUCUGUACUUUUCAUUUGUUUUUUUUUUAGUACUUGUUUGUUUCUCGAUCUUUUAUUUUUUAUUUGUUUAAAACACAGUGAUGUCAGAAAUGACUUUUACGCGAUCCCCCAGUCAGCACCGGUGGAGCAAGUUUGAGCUCCGUCCAGUCCUUCAGAUGUACACGGAAACGGUCUGCGUUUAACUACGCCUCAGGCUUCUCCAGGUCUUCAGAAGUCUGCUUUUUUUUUCUGAGGGCGGGUCUGUAAUAUGCAAUUUUUCUUCUCAUUUUUUAGGGUUGAUUAGAGACUAUUUUUUUUCUCUCUUUUCUGGACUGAAAUAUUUUUAAACUGAUUUGAAACCUUCUGUUCUUUUUUGAUAGUUUUUUUUUUUUUUUUUUUUUUGGACUGAGACGUUUUUUAAGAAGUCUUAAGUGUGUGAGCCGGUGUUUACACACCUGUGUCAUUCCGGAUGGCGUCCCAGGUGUCAUUCCCCUCCGCAGAAUCUCAGGAUUACCCCGCCAGGAACACGGCCAGCCCGGACGGAGGAAGGAGACCCCUUUCUCCCGAAACCUUGUUUCCCCCCCUCCCACCCCUUCCCCCAUAUGGGAACGCGCUGGUAUCUGAUGCAGGUCUAUUGAGAGAUGAUGAUGAUGUUUAAAGAAAAGGGUUCUUUUGGGAUUCUGGAAGUGGUGUGUACUCUGUGUGUGUGAUGUGGGUGUGUUGCUGCCGUACUCCUGUAUGGAGUUAUGGACUAACGGGAUACAUGCUGCAUGGCAGCAAUGACGUGAUUGGCUGGGCUGCAAGGAGCAGUCAUGUGAUUGAUCAAGUUGCCAAGAAAUGAUGUUAAUAUUGUGCGUUACCAACCUGCGGAGCUAAUAGAGAAGAUUGCUGACAAGUUUCAGGGCAGCGUAGUGAUUGGCUACACAUGGCCAGGGUAAAAGGUUUUUUUUUUCUUUUCUGUUUUAAAGACUGCUUGAUACAGUAACUUAGUAAGAAGGCAUGGGGUGUUGUGAUAGAGGAUGUUUGUUUGCUUGCACUGAGAUGUGACGGGAGGGACAUAGCAGGUGAAGGAUAUGCAUGAGGUCAGUGUUUUGGGAGAGGAGACCCCGUUGCCAGGCAGACGGGAUGUCAGUUGAGGGCUGAAUAUGGUGACGGGCGUACGAUAGGCUCAGUGCUGAGAUUCCCAACAUGCGGCAGAUUCAUGCUGUGUGCUGUGCUGCUCAUACGAUUGAAACACCAACCUUUCCAGCUGAUCUUCAAAGAACCUCUUUUUUUCUGUGUAUGUGAUCAUUUUCAGAAUGUUUCCCAGUGAAAUACUUGUGUUCUGUCCAGGGAAUGUUUUUAGUCAUUUUUUUCAGUAUUUUUUAUUGAUUAUGUUCAGUUUGAAAAGGAGCUGAUUCCCAGAGAGCCAUGCCUUCGACUGCACAAAGCCGAUUGUUGAUUUUAGCCGACCUCAGCAAAGUCAGGACAUGUUUCGACCCCUUCCUCCAUCUUCCCAUCAUGCCACCGCCGUCUCCAUGCUACAGGGGGCGCUGUUUCUCUCUGUAAGCGAGAUACGGUGUGAAAAAACAGCUCUGUGACUGAUUGCCCUGGAACCAGGCUAGCACAAGGUAGCAUAGGCUCCGACUGCUCUGCUAGUUACAAGAGUUUUUUUAUGUCCUUAGUUUUCCUUGGGCAGACUAAAGCAAUGUUUGUCCUCUCUGUAAAUUUGUAGCGGGUUGACUUGUCCCAAGUUAGUCCUUACAAAAAUAUGAAAAAAUAAAUGAAAGCCAGUCAGAGUCUGAUCUAGGCCUGCUAGCCUGGGUCCAGCUCCACAGUUGUCCUUGCUCUCCUCUUUGUACAUUCAGGUGUGGCUAUUUUCUGUAUAUAAUGGUAUGCCUGUGUGUAUAUAUCUGUUUUAUUCAGUGAUGUUAAAAUCACCUUUGUUGUCAAAAUCCAACACUUCCCAGAAAAAAAGUUUAAUGUUUCAAAGCAAAGCAUGUAGGAAAUCAGUUUUUAAUCAUUCACAGCAGCAUUCCAAAUGUUUUUAAUCAUACCGACCCGCUGUGACCCUCAACUGCGCCGAAAUUGUGUAAUUCUGAUUUUGGCAGUGGGGAGCGAUGAUCGGGAAGAACCUUUGGAAUGAAAAUAAACAAAAACAGUGCUGUGGUGAUGGGAUGGAAGGGGCGUGUCCAAACAGAGGGGUGGCAGUGGGAAGGAGGCGUGGCCUCCCUGGGGUCGUUGCUCCGGUCAGUAUGGUAGUUUCUAAGUGACCUUUCGCCUGCCUCCAUGGGCCACGGCAGUGGUCAGCUCUGGGGGGCGAGCCGUAGACAAAAUGCUUGAAUGUGUCUGAGAUGAAUUGCCUUGCUGCAUUGUCUGUGUCGGAAGUAGGGAUGUCAGGGUGGAAGGGGUUGGGCGGAACCCCCUCGUACCCCAUGUUCUUUCUGAGAGAGAUGGGCAUCACGUAACCACGGACACCAGUACACCUCACCUUGUCAUCUUAUUAGACGCUGGCAGAAAUCCAAAAUAGGAUGUGAGACUCUCUACCUGCGGUCUAAUUGCAUACUGAUACUGCACCACGCCCGGCUACGACGUUGCUGGGGAAACGAGCGAUGUGCUGGAUGGUACGAGCCUGAUAUCCCAUCAUGCACUACUUCAGCGGGCACAGGGUGUCCUGGUGUCUGCUCGGAACGUGUGCCCAUCUCUCACAGUUUUAUUUAAUUUAUCCCCCCUCCCUCCCAGGGUUUGACCCUGAAGAGCUUGUACUGUGGCUGUUUGUGAGUUUGGCUAGUAUUCAAAAUUUAUCAAGUAAGUGAAAAAGUACCAUGGAGAAAUAAAAAAAAAAAAGGAU